UCCAAAAUCACGCGAACAAACGAUCGAGAGAAAGGUAGAAGAAUCCAGAACCUGAAAAACAGAGCCCCCUCUGGUUAGAUAAAUACCCUUCUCUUUUCUCUUUGAAAUCAACCAAGACGAAGCCGUAGACAUCUCUAAACAAUAGCAAUCGUCUCUUUCGUAGCCUCUUUCAAGCUCUCGCGUCGUUUCUGUUAGCUGCAUUGUUCGAGUUUCAAUGGCGGAUGUUCAAAUGGCUGACUCGGAGACCUUUGCUUUUCAGGCUGAGAUCAACCAGCUUCUCAGCUUGAUCAUCAACACUUUCUACAGCAACAAGGAAAUUUUCCUUCGUGAGCUCAUCAGCAAUGCCUCCGAUGCUCUAGAUAAAAUUCGAUUUGAGAGUUUAACGGACAAGAGCAAACUCGAUGCUCAACCGGAGCUCUUUAUUAGACUCGUGCCCGACAAGGCAAACAAGACUCUGUCUAUUAUCGACAGUGGUAUUGGGAUGACGAAAGCAGAUCUGGUUAACAAUUUGGGUACCAUCGCAAGGUCUGGAACCAAGGAAUUCAUGGAGGCGUUGCAGGCCGGUGCUGACGUGAGCAUGAUUGGUCAGUUUGGAGUUGGUUUUUAUUCAGCUUACCUUGUUGCUGAGAAGGUCAUUGUGACCACAAAGCACAAUGAUGAUGAGCAAUACGUUUGGGAAUCACAAGCCGGUGGUUCCUUCACCGUUACUCGGGAUGUCAACGGUGAGCAGCUGGGAAGAGGAACCAAAAUUACCUUGUUCCUUAAAGAAGAUCAGUUGGAAUACCUGGAGGAGAGGAGAAUUAAAGACCUAGUAAAGAAACACUCUGAAUUCAUUAGCUACCCCAUCUACUUGUGGACCGAGAAGACAACUGAGAAAGAAAUCAGCGAUGAUGAAGAUGAUGAGCCGAAGAAGGAGGAGGAAGGGGAUGUCGAGGAAGUGGAUGAAGAGAAGGAGACCAAAUCAAAGAAGAAGAAGAUCAAGGAGGUUUCCCAUGAAUGGCAACUCAUCAACAAACAAAAACCAAUCUGGUUGCGAAAGCCAGAAGAGAUUACUAAGGAAGAAUAUGCUGCCUUCUAUAAGAGCCUGACCAAUGACUGGGAAGACCACCUGGCUGUCAAGCACUUCUCGGUGGAGGGUCAGCUUGAGUUCAAGGCCAUUCUCUUCGUACCAAAAAGAGCACCUUUUGAUCUAUUCGACACUAGGAAGAAGAUGAACAACAUCAAGCUCUAUGUCAGGAGGGUCUUCAUCAUGGACAACUGCGAGGAGCUCAUCCCUGAAUACCUUGGAUUCAUCAAAGGUGUUGUUGACUCUGACGACUUGCCACUGAACAUCUCUCGUGAGAUGCUGCAACAGAACAAGAUAUUGAAGGUGAUCAGGAAGAAUCUUGUGAAGAAGUGCAUAGAGAUGUUCACAGAGAUUGCUGAGAAUAAAGAAGAUUAUAACAAAUUCUAUGAUGCCUUCUCGAAGAACUUAAAGUUGGGCAUCCACGAGGAUAGCCAAAACCGAGCCAAGUUAGCUGAUCUGCUUCGAUACCAUUCCACAAAGAGUGGAGAUGAGAUGACAAGCUUGAAGGAUUAUGUCACUAGAAUGAAGGAGGGCCAGAAGGACAUUUACUAUAUCACUGGAGAGAGUAAGAAGGCUGUGGAGAAUUCUCCAUUCUUAGAGAGACUUAAGAAGAAAGGUUACGAGGUGCUUUACAUGGUGGACGCAAUUGAUGAGUAUGCUGUGGGGCAGUUGAAAGAAUAUGACGGCAAGAAGUUGGUGUCAGCUACGAAAGAAGGAUUGAAACUGGAUGACGAAACUGAGGAAGAGAAAAAGAAGAAAGAAGAGAAGAAGAAAUCUUUCGAGGAACUCUGCAGAACCAUCAAGGACAUUCUGGGAGAUAAAGUCGAGAAGGUUGUCGUGUCCGACAGGAUUGUUGAUUCACCGUGUUGUUUGGUGACAGGCGAAUAUGGUUGGACUGCUAACAUGGAGAGGAUCAUGAAGGCUCAGGCCUUAAGGGACACGAGUAUGGGUUCCUACAUGUCUAGCAAGAAGACCAUGGAGAUUAACCCAGACAAUGGGGUAAUGGAAGAGUUGAGGAAGAGAGCAGCGGCUGACAAAAACGACAAGUCGGUGAAGGACCUUGUGUUGCUUCUGUUUGAGACGGCUCUCUUGACCUCUGGAUUCAGCCUGGAGGAUCCCAACACGUUUGCUGCAAGAAUUCACAGGAUGUUGAAGCUGGGGCUCAGCAUUGAUGAGGAGGAAACUGCUGGCGAAGAUGAAGACAUGCCUCCUCUAGAAGAAGGCGGUGCUGAGGAGAGCAAGAUGGAGGAAGUGGACUGACGGCCCAACGGUCUGUUGUCCAUUGUUGGUAAAUUUAAAAAUUAUUAGAGGUAGAUGCGGGGUGGUCUCUGGCAUAAGCUUUGUUGAGUUUUAUUUGUUGUUCCUUGUUUAGUUUAUGUUCUUUUUGGGCUUUGUCGUUGCGCAUGUAAUUUGGGUCCCCAAAGUGUGUGUCUGCGUCGCGCAUCUACCUGUCAUUGUUAUUUUGAUACAUAAAUAGAAACAGAACUUUCUCUCGCCUAAA